AUGGCGCUCAACAAUUUUCUCUUCGCCCAGUGCGUCUGCUACUUUCUGGCCUUCCUGUUCAGCUUCGUGGUGGUGGUGCCGCUGUCCGAGAACGGCCACGACUUUCGCGGCCGCUGCCUGCUCUUUACCGAGGGUAUGUGGCUGAGCGCCAACCUGACCGUGCAAGGGCGGGAGCGCUUCACCGUGCAGGAGUGGGGCCCGCCGGCCGCCUGCCGCUUCAGCCUGCUCGCCAGCCUCCUGUCGCUGCUGCUGGCUGCUGCGCACGCAUGGCGCACGCUCUUCUUCCUCUGCAAGGGCCAUGAGGGCUCCUUCUUCUAUGCCUUCCUGAACCUGCUGGUCAGUGCCUUUGUGGUCUUCCUGGUCUUCAUUGCCAGCACCAUCGUGAGUGUGGGCUUUACCAUGUGGUGUGACACCAUCACAGAGAAGGGCACGGCACGCUACAGCUGCGAGGAGUUCCAGGACGUAGACUUGGAGCUGAAUGUAGACAACUCGGCCUUCUACCGCCAGUUUGCUGUCGCCCAGUUUGGUCUGUGGGCCUCGUGGCUGGGCUGGCAGGGGGUNACCACCCUGGCGUUCCUGAAGGUUUACCACAACUACCGCCAGGAAGACCUGUUGGACAGCCUGGUUCAUGAGAAGGAGCUGCUGCUGGCCAGGCCAGCCUCCCGCACCUCCUUCCAGGGGGAGAAGAGUGCUGUCAUCUAGGCUGUGCAAGGGUGGCCCCCUUUCCCAAGUUUUGCACUGGGGCUGGGGCCCCACCCAGGCUGGCCAAGGCAUGUGCCACUUGGCCCCGCCCACCAAGAGCAGAGCAUUUGUGUUCCCAUGGAGAGCCUAACAGUGAUGAUACAGAGACCCAGAGACUUGGGGAUGGGGUGCUGGCUUCCUGCCCUGGCCUUGGUUAGUGUGACCCAUACUCCGCCUCUGUGUGACCAUUUGCCCAUAUAUGUGAGCGUGUGUGAGGAUGGGAAUAGGACUGCAGAGCAGAGGUUAGUGCUGGGUUAGCGGCCUUUUGGCACCGCCACAGGCUCCAGCACCCAAGUCCCUGCCCUCCCAGAGGGGGCUGCCUUUCAUCCCAUAGCAUCUUCAGCUGAGGUCCCCAGGAGAUACACGCCCUCCCCAUAGCAGCAGGGCUGGGCUCUGUCCUCUGCACGUGAGGAUGUGUGGCGCUGCUUGCUGUGGUAGGAGAGUCCCACCCCUCCCUUUGCGGCUCUCUAGGUGGCAUGGUCCUCUGUACUCCAGGGGUGGGGCCCCCAUGGUGGAAGAGGCCCAGCCCAUCUGGAUCUCAGUGAGUGCAUUUAGUGGCCCUGGCCCCCAUUUAGUCUGAGGUUGUGCUCCAGCCCUGUCUACCAACAGUGGCUGGUGUGUUUCCAGGGAGAAGGUGUGGGCCCAGGCUCACUGUGAGGGCCUGAGGGGGAUCACUCAGGCCCUAAGAAUUGAAGCCAGCAAGGAUGGUCAGGGUGCUGGGCAAGGGGGAUGCCCUGUCUGGGGAGAUGAGGGUCAGGCCGACUGACACUCCCGCCUUCUUUGGGGGCUUUGCUGGUGGCUUGGCUGAGCUCCCAGGAGGACGUGUGGAGGCUGGAGAACUGUUUUGAGGUCUCCAGAUUGACCCGGUCUCUUUUCCAGACUGUCGCACCAGCCCCCAUCCGUGGGACAUGGGAACACUGUGUAGUCCAGAGACCCCUCUUUUGUCUCCCUAGGACCAGCUCCUUCCUCAUCCUCUGCCUCACAGCCCCUAAGGCUAAGCCACUUAGUACCUGAAGGAACAGGGGGCGGGCAGGGGCCUCUGGGACCUAGGAUCUGCCUCAGGUGUAGGUCUGCCAUUGGCAGCUGCCUCUUGGGGAUUCUGGGAGUUGGUCUGGGACCUGGUCAAAUCUAGAGGGACCUUGAUUCACCUUCAGAUGCCUAGACUUGUCCCCAGAUGGCAAUGUCCUUGGGACUCCUGGGGAAGGGCCUCUGGCCUACAAGUGUUGGCAGGACUUUGUUGGACCCUGGGAAGGGGUGUCUGUCUCCGGGUGGAUGUCAAGAGGCAGGCAGAGGCUGCAGAGUGGUCCCCAGGUUGCCCCAAGAUGCCUCUGCUCCUCCCCAGCUUGUUUUAAGGCAGCCCCUGUGUCCAUCUUCCUGGUGAAGCUGAUGGU